AUGGGUGCAGAUGCACUUGAGAUACCAAAGACUCCCGCAACAAAGGCGGUGGCACAUGCGGUGGAGGAAUUGGGCUUUGGCCUGUAUCAGCUUUUGCCCUUGUUCCUGACGGGUGGCAUCUUCUUGGCCGAGGGUGCGGAGAUGCUGAUCAUGGGUUCCAUCACAUCAUUGCUCCAUCGGCAUUGGGGGCUCGACCCGGUGGUCCGCGGUGGCAUGGUGUCCAUUGUUUUCAUUGGCUUUUCUGCUGGAAACUUUGUGUCAGGGCAGAUCGGGGAUCGAUUUGGACGUCGUGCUUCCAUUCUGCUUUCGUAUUUCAUGAUCGCGUUCUUUGGCUUUGCGACUGCCUGUUCCGGAGGGCCGGCUUUGAUGCUUUGCCUCCGGUUCUUCGUGGGCGCAGGUUGUGGGAUUGGCUUUCCCGCGGCCUACUCACUCAUGCCCGAGGUGGCCCCUUCCCACUGGAGAAGCAGCUUAAGCACCUUGAUGAUCGGUUUCAUGCCACUGGGUGAGCUGAUUGGUGCUUUAGUGGUCCUCUUCGUGGAUCCGGAGCUGGACAAUUCCGCCCGUGGCUGCAGCAGUUCCUACUAUCCGUCCAUGGCGCUUCAAGAGCCAGAAAUCUGUGCAUGGAGGACCUUGUGCGAGAUGAGCGCAAUUCCUGCCUUUUUCUUCCUCAUCCUUGCGUGCAGAUUCCUGGACGAGUCGCCGCAAUUUUUGGCCAGCUCGGGACGCUACGAUGAGUGUGAGCAGGUCUUGCGGCGCAUGGCAGCGCUGAACGGUGGGAGACUGGAUGUGGAGCGAUUACGUUCGGCAUUUGGUGCAACACAAGGUGAAUCCCCCGAGUCGCCCAGCCGAAGCUAUUCCUUCCUCAGCGCAGUGCACUUGUUGUGGGAACACUACUGUUCCAUUGCAGCCUUCAUGUGCUUGGCUCAUGUGGCCAAGGACUUCAGUGUCUUUGGCCUAUCAUACAUGCUGCCUCAGUAUUUCGCCUUCCUGAAGGGGCUGGUCGCCGGAGUGGAACUCUUGGUGGUUGCGACGCUGGCCCUCCCCGGUGUGGCAUUGACAUACCUCUGCUCACGAGUCCAAGGGGUAUCACUGGUGUAUUUGCUGUCCGGCAGCGGUGCCCUAGGCAGCCUCUUCGCUUUGGGAAUGCUACAGGGAGUUCCGGUCAGCCUCGCUGCCCCAGCAGCAUAUUUGGUCAAGAUCUUUGCGAUGUCCUUCUUCGUCUUCACCGUGGCCUACACCGCUGCAGCCUUUCCCACCCACGUGCGCCAAACGGCGGUGGGCUUCUGCACAGCGGCAGGGCGGAUGGGGUCCAUCAGUGCACCGCUCGUCUUUGAACUGAGCAAAUCUUUGACCGGAAGUUUCGACUUUUUCAUUGGCUCUCUCAUUUUCCUGCUCACCCUGGUGGCGAUCUGUGCGCCCUUGGCCCUGCCCAAAUGGGGUGCCUUUGACUUGGAGGCCGAGACUUUGAAGCCUCGAGACGAGCCCAAGGAGUAUGGGAGUGUUCAGAAGAGCUGCGCGUAG